AGACCAUAGAGAGUUAAUUAGAGACCAAAGAAACUACUUCUCCCAGCAUUCCUUCCAAUCCAAGUUCCUUCUUCCCGGAAGUAUGCUCCCCGAGCUUGAUUGGCCGUUCUGGAGAUGAUACGUGAGCAUGUGCCAAAGGUUGAUAUUUCUUAUAAUGACAACGGGUUGGAUUCUGCACUAUUUGUGGAAAACAGAAAAAAAGUGAUGAUUGUAUCAAGAGCUAAUAGUAUUGGUUCUACCAGUGCCUCUUCAGUACCAAAUACAGAUGAUGAAGACUCUGAUUACCAACAAGAUACCUACAAAGAAUCAUACAAGGAUCGCCGUCGCCGUGCUCAUACACAAGCUGAGCAAAAGCGGAGGGAUGCUAUCAAGAAAGGUUAUGAUGAUUUGCAAGCAAUUGUACCCACAUGCCAGCAGCAAGAUUUCUCAAUAGGUUCCCAGAAGCUAAGCAAGGCGAUUGUGCUGCAGAAGACCAUUGAUUAUAUUCAGUUCUUGCACAAAGAAAAAAAGAAGCAAGAGGAAGAGGUAUCCACUCUCCGGAAAGAUGUGCUGGCCUUAAAAAUCAUGAAAGUAAACUAUGAAGACAUUGUUAAAGCUCAUCAGGACAAUCCCAGUGAAGGAAAGAAUCAGAUCUCUGACCAAGUGAAGUUCAAUGUUUUCCAGGGUAUCAUGGACUCCUUGUUCCAGUCCUUUAAUGCCUCAAUUUCUGUGACAAGCUUUCAGGAGCUCUCAGCUUGUGUUUUCAGCUGGAUAGAAGAGCACUGUAAGCCUCAGACCCUGCGAGACAUUGUCAUUGGUGUAUUGCAACGACUGAAGAGCCAACUCUACUAAUCAAAAAGAAAGCUUUGAAGGGGCCUAAUAUAAGUAGAAGAUAUGGCCAAAAAGCUUUAUUCCUUCCAGUAAUUCCAUUUCAAGCUUUUUUAGGGCUACAGAUUGGAUUUACCUCUGGAAUUCCCUGAAUUUAUACUGCAAGCUCUUUAGAUGAGCAGAAAAAUAAUCAGUUCUCAAUUCCUGGAGAUUGCUUGUUGCCAUCUCUUUUUCAAGCCUUAGCUCCACACGUUCCUAUGCAUUAAUGUAACUGAUCUAAUAGAAAGAUAUUUACAAUAUACAGGGUUUCACAAUGAGCCAAAUUCUUUUCUUAAAUUUGCAGAAACACCGGACUUUCUCUUCACCUCAGUUUGGUAAAUACUUUUUCUAAAUGCCUAGAUGUUAUAUCCCAGGUUUGGUUCAAGGAGCAGAAGUUAGGUUUAAUUAUUAUAAAACAACUGUUUUAUAUAUUACGGUGGCUUCAUGUAGCAUUUAUCUUGGGUUAAGGGCAGAGAACCAGGGAAGUUAAGCAAUAAAUUGACUUCUUUUGUAUAAUACAUAGGCCCUAGCCUAGUAAGUCAUCAAGCAACAACCUCCUGUUGUGUAGCCAAUCUCCAGCUUUUUAAAAUUAACAUAUGCAAUCAUUAUUUGCCUUCAAUUCUAUGGAUUAAAAAUCUGAAUAGGCUUAUCAAUUAUGUUGUAGUAGCAAUAAAAGGGAAAAUAUCUUUUAGUCUCUUGCAGCCUUGGUUUCUAAUAAUACAAUGAAGUAAAUUAAGCCAACUCCCUUCUGCAGCUCCUUUUUUGUUUAUUUUUUGCUGUAAAGGUGGGUCCACUGUCUUUUAUAGGCAUUGAUUUCUGGAUCUACUGCUGGUUGGUGGAAAAGGACAUUAACUAAGACAAGACCUUGCUAUUUUUUUAUUAUGACAUGCAGUUCUAAUAAAUUUGCUAUGUGGCUGAAUGAC